GGGUGCUUUUAAGUUACUCAAACUUUGUCUGUUCUUGCUAGCCCCAGCCCCUAGCUACCAUUUCCCCCCAGCCCACCUUCCCCUCACUCCACCCCCAAGUUGUAAAGGGCUGGAAGGCAUGGGAGUCCACGCAGGGAGAAAGGAGAUGCCCCCUGGAGAUCUAGAGUAAGUGAUAGCCCGGGGAAGAGAUGCAACUGCCUGGGAUUGUCCUGGAAACACACCAGCAGCUGCAGGAGCAGGCAGGGGGAAACCAACCAACUGAUGAUCUGCACUAAGUCUGAAGAAGUGCUCGGCAGCCUGUGGUAGUGGGGUUACACAGCUCUUCCUGGGGACAGCUUCUAAGGAAAAGGAAAGAUGAACACAGAAGAAGCUGGGAAUGAGACCUCUCCAACUCUAAGUAUUCUUGAAUUCAUAGCUACUGCAACUAACUUGGUCCCACUGAGCUCUGGGCCCCCAGUGGAGAAGUCAGACCCUCUGCCUAUCAUCAUUGUACUCAUCUGCAUCUUCCUUCUCCUGGCCACCUGUCUUAUCUUCGUUACUCUUUGCAAACCAGCAGCACUGGACCAGUCCCGCUAUGGACCACAUGAGUGCAUGCCCUACCACCCAGAGGAUGCCAGCGAACCGCAGCUGAGGCUCUGGAAGCGGCUGGGCUCCCUGAGGCGUUCCAUAAACAGCUUCCGACGGAGCCAGCCUGUCUCCCAGAAUCAUCGGACCUGUCCAAGAAGGCCACCAGCUGCCCAGGACUGGGACUUCAUGGAGUCCACUAAAAUGUGAUGCUGCUGUUCCUCUACAAUUCUGCUUCAGAAACCAGUGCACCUCCCAGUAUCUCAGAUCAUUUACUACUAUCAAUAAGAUCUCAAAUCAUCCAAAAACACUUGGAAGACUAGAAAGGAAGCAGCCUUUGGAUUCUCAUAACUGACAGCAUAGGAGCAUGACAUUUUGUAACACUUGGAUGGAUCCAAACAGGGCUAACGGGGACUUUUCCUGGGGUCCUUUAACCUGGUACUAGACACCAGCAGUGACAUAUGACCAGCAGUACUGGCUUAGGGAAGUGUUUGACUGACGCAUCACUAAUUCUUAAAUUUCUGCUUGGAAAGUGUCCCCUGCUGUUAACAUGUCUUUGUUUAUCCAAGUUUUGGUAGUUUGAAGUCUUUAUUCCAUCCCUUUUAUAAUAAAGCAUGUUCAUGCUGAUGUUAAAAUA